AUGGUAUUCUCCCUGCGCCAGCUCCAAGAGAAGUGCCAGGAACAGCAGAUGCCUCUCUACCUUGCCUUCAUUGAUCUAACAAAGGCGUUCGACAUGGUCAGCAGGAGCGGACUCUUCCAGCUCCUUAAGAAGAUUGGCUGUCCCCCACACCUGCUUGCUGUCGUCACGUCAUUCCACUACAACAUGCGCAGCACAGUGAGCUUCAACGGUGUCACGUCCAGGGUUUUUUCUGUCAGUAGUGGUGUAAAGCAGGGCUGUGUCCUUGCGCCGACACUCUUUGGCAUCUUCUUCUCCAUGCUCCUUCAGUACGCCUUCAAGGACUGCAGCGAAGGGGUGUACAUCCACACCAGAGCCGAUGGCAAACUCCUCAACAUUGCCCGUCUCCGUGCCAAGACCAAAGUGAGAGAGGUGCUCAUUCGCGAGAUGCUCUUCGCCGAUGAUGCAGCCCUAGCCUCGCACACAGAAGAAGGUCUGCAGCAGCUUGUCAGUCGAUUCUCCGCCGCCUGCAAGGAAGACAUGAAGCAGUGCAACAUCGAUGUCUCCUCCUGGGAGAGCCUCGCUGAGGACCGGCCUUCCUGGCGCUCAACUGUGAAAUCUGCCGUUAAGGAGGCCGAGGACGCGAGAAAUGCUGCUCUGGCCGAGAAGAGAAGAAGGCGAAAGCAGAGAGAGCGCCAGCCACAACAACAGUCAACGUUCGUCUGUGACAAAUGCCAGAGGGAUUGCCAUUCGCGGCCCAAAAAGAUCACAGCCAGGGCUACGAGCCACGUGCAGGCCUUUGGAAUGCGCUUAUGA